CCUCAGUCAUUUGAAUUAACUUGUUCUUCAUUCGAACGAAGAUUUCAAGGGUUUUGGACAGAACUUGUAAUGGUUUCUCUAAAGCUUUUAGUCACUGUCUUGUUGCUGUUACAGAAUCCAAUAGAAGGAUGGUCACUAAAAUGCCAUGACUGUACAAAUCAGAUAAACGAUAAAUGUUCACAUAUCCCAUCAGCCGAUGAUCCUCUAUUUCUCUUGGAAUGCCCACCCAGCUCGUCCAUGUGUGUCAUCCAAAGCGGUAGGGGAGAAAAUGGAGUACAAGCAUUGGCACGCUAUUGCGCCCCACCAAAUUGGUCGUGUACGGCGGAAUUUUUCAGUUGCACCACCAAUGGUUGUAAUUAUCUCAACGACACAGAGGUGUUGCAGGUGCAGGCGCAGUCAGGAUAUGUUAUACAAGUUACUCCCAUGGAAUUGAUAAUGGUCAAUAUUUAUGGUUUGGGGGCCAUAGUUAUGCUCUCCCUCGUUCUCGUAAUUUGGGUUAUUUCGAAAUGUUGCGGUAAAAUCGAUGAAAAUCCAACCACGGAUGCCGACAGUGAAGUUGCGGAUUUGAGUUUUGUGGAUAAUUUAUUCGUUCAUUUAGACAUUGAAGAAAAUGAGGACUCAAUGGAAGAGGAAUGGACCGAGCAUGAAAUGGAAAACGAAGCGGAGGAGGAGGAGGUGCCGCUAUAGCAUAAAUAAAAAAUUAUUUCCUUCGAAUUUUAUUUUCAUAGAAAGAGUGAGGAACAAAUUUAUAUCCAAACAAGUUAAAAAACAGUAAGUUCGGCCGGGCUGAGCUUUGAAUAUCCUCCGCCAUUUAGAAUGAAUUUGGAAAUAAAAUCCUUAAAAAAUUCUGUAAAAAUUUUUAAAAAUACCGAAUAUAGCCGUUAUAUUUGUGUCUAUACGACGUGGAUCUACAUGGGCAUUGUUUGUUAUAAGUCAUUACCAUAUUCAAAUUCCGAACUUGAAAUAAACGGCGAAUAAUGUAGCUAAAAUCAUCAAAAUAUCGUAUCGUAGGGAGGUAGCGUUAUAUCUGAGCUGUGCGGAGACCUGAACCAGCAUAGACAAU